GCGCUGUCAUCAUAUUCUUGAUAUUCUUAUCCGCUGUGGAAGACCGCAUCGUGUAAUGUUUAUUCGUGUUUUUAAACUUAAUUACUCAUUUGGGGUUACUUAUAUUUAUUUAAAUACCUGUUAAACUAAAUAAAAAACUUUUUAUCGUAAUUACGGAGCAGUGCCUUCGAUCUACUACUUUCAAGAGUCAGAAUGCCUCCUAAAAAAGUAGAGGAACCAGAGAAGAAACCACUCAUUGGUAGAGUUGGUACAAAUUUAAAAGUGGGUAUUGUUGGGGUACCCAAUGUUGGAAAGUCAACAUUCUUUAAUGUACUCACUAAAAGUCAAGCCUCCGCUGAAAAUUUCCCAUUUUGCACCAUAGACCCUAAUGAAAAUAAGUAUUCUUUUUAUUUUUAUUGUAUACACCUAUUUAUCCAUAAAAAAAUUACAUGUAUGAAAGCAAAUGCAAUCAAAUGCCAACCUUUGGCAGCAGCAGUUCUUGGUGUGCAUAAUACUGAUAUCCCGCUUCCGAAUGAUGUAGAUUUCCAUAAUUGCUGGACUGAUAUGGAUGCCCAAGAAGCAUACUUAAAACUAAAACCUAAAACCUUUUUAAUUCUUGGAAAACAAGGGACUGGAAGUUACAGUUUAGGAGAAUCUUUAUCUAAAAAAAAUAAUUGUAUUCAUCUUUGCCCAAAAAACGUUUUAAUGGAUGAAAUUGAUCAAAAAAGUACAACUGGAAAAUGUUUAGACUUCAAUAUGAGACACAAUAAGGUUUGCCAAUUUAAUACAGUACUAAAAAUUAUGAAAAGAAAAUUGAAAUCACCUGCAGUACAACAUAGGGGUUUUAUUAUAUCAGGAUUGCCAUUAGUUACUUCAAGCAGAGAUAUAAAAUACUUGAUAAAUACUUUGAAUGGAGAAGAAUCACUUAUGAUUGUUGAAGAUAUAUUAUUUGAUAUGACAUGCAAUCUAAAUCUAAAAAAAUCAAAAAAGAAGAAAAUCUCACCUCAUUCUUCUGUGAGUUCUGGCAGUUCUGGGAUAUUUGAUGAAGGUAGGGUAGAAGAAGAAGAACCAGAACCAGAUUUAGAAGAAGAAAAUGAAGAGCAAUUAGUUCAACUUCCUAAAUUUUUGUUAGAAACGUGCAGUGACAUUAUAGUUCCUAAAAAAGUAUAUUACAGCACAAAAAAAUCGGUGUUGUUGCAACAACUUUGCGCAUUAUUUGAAUUAAACCCUGACAUUUUAGUUUACAUCACUUGCCCAAAUGCAGAUGUGGUAACAAAAAGAAACCGCAAAUUUUUAAACUAUUUAAAUGACUCAAAAACAUUUAAUCCAUUUAGUAUUACCAAAGAAAAUGAAAUAAGAUGGCCUACAUCUUAUACUGUGCUAGAAUACAAAAAACCGUUUGAUAGCCAUGUUUUUAAUCCAAAAUACAAUUGCGCUCAGCCAAUGCAUUUUAAGAAAAAUUCUACUGAUCAAAUCUGCAAUUUUAAAUUUACCGUUACUCCAUAUAUUGAUAAAAAACUAAAAGAACUUGACCCACAUUUCGUUGUAAAGUUAGAUGGUCGAACUUCUAUUCAUCAAAUGAUAAAAAACUUAAUUGAAUUUUUGCAACUUAUGCCUAUUAAACCAGUACUUAUUCCAAAACCCCUUUAUCUUGCCGAACCUUUGGAAGGCAUGGAAGAAUUUUGGACAAAAGUUGGUGAAUUAAGUGUUAUCCAAUGUGGGACUCUGAAUUUUAACAAAUACCCCUCACCGUGGUAUAAUAGAUGUCCAGUACAACUCAAAAAAAGACAAUCUGUACAAGGAAACCCUAAAUUUGCUGUAACUUUCUUUAAGCAUAUUUAUUUAUUAUCAUCAUUUGAUGAUAUGGUGUCAUUCUGUAGAAAUCCUCGCCCUUAUCUAAAGCUAGAAUAUUUGGAACCAUCUUGUCGUAUUGUAAUAUUAGGUACAAAAUCUUCUGGGAAGACCAUGGUUACUAAAUGCUUAUCCUGGUUAUUUAAUGCUCCUAUUAUUUGUUACGAAACAUUAUUGAAAAAUGAAAAAAAUAAGAAGUAUGACAACUAUGCUAAAAGUAUACUUUCAGAAAUAAUAGCAAGAAUUGAAGAUGCUCGGUUUGCUCAAUGGCAAAGUCUGGAAUGUGAAAGAAUAUCUACUUUAGAUACAUGGUUCAAUACAGUUACUAGAACAUUGUCCAGUUAUGUUACUUUACUUGACAAAAAACUAGACACUGAAUUUACAGAGGAUAUAAUAUUUUUUAACGAAUUAAUUUUUCUUAAGAACCAGCUUUCUUUUUUACCAGUAGACGACAUAAAAGAAUGCAAAGAGGCAUUGAUAGGUAAAAAUGUAUUAAAAUACGCCCCUACUUCUUUGACAAUCGAAGCAAGCAAACCUAAUACACCAGUUCUUGGUGAUGAAGAUGUCACCGAAGCCAUUUCUGCUUAUAUAUUAGGCAAUGAAUUACAAAAAGAAAUAGAACCAACAGCUGGCGAAAUAAUGUAUGCAAUAACAACCCUGAUUCAGGCGGAUUCUAAGACUGAUGAAACUCUUAGAGAACAAGUAUACGGCAAAUUUAUAAUUGAUGGUUUUCCAUCAGAUCCAGAAUAUUGGGGUUAUUUAAUGGAAUCUAAACUAUUACCAGAUUACACCAUAGCUUUGAUUGAAAAUAGAGAAAUUGACGCUGAUUUAAUUCAACGUUAUGUUGAUAUAGAAAGAUGCGUAAAAAAAUAUCAUGAGAGAUACUUCUCAGCAAAUGAUGUUUUAGUAAAAACAAAAUUACUUGAAGAAAACCCUCCAGACACUAAAUUUCUUGACAUGCAAAUUAUAAUUGAUGAGAUAAUAAUACGUGCACUCGACUCAAUAUUUGUUUAUGAGAAAACAAGCAACACUGACUUUGAUUUAUCUACCUUUACUGAAACUAUUGAAAGAUUUCGUGAACAUUGGGAUAUUCUAAAACUAAAGUUGGAAGAAAAUUCUAAAUGUUAUGUAGAAGUAGAACUUGAAAACAAAACUGAUAUUGAAAUACUGGAUGAAGUUUUGCUAAAAAUACGCAAAGGCUAUUGCAAGCCUUGCUUAAGUACUGAGGAAGAACCUGAAAGUCGUGAAAAUGAAAAUGGGCCUGAUGAUAUAACUUUUAAUGACUCUAGAAAUUUAGGUGAAAUGAAUAUAUACUGUCCAAUAUCUUUUUAUGAUUAUGGUGUUCUAUGGGAAGGCAAACCAGUUUUUACGGCUACAUAUGACAAUAAAUUAUACUAUUUCAAUAACGAGAACAGUCGUGAAUCAUUUCAGUAUGAUGUUACUAAGUAUUUAUCGUAUAAUAAACCAUUUAAAGGUAUUCCGCCAUUGAGAAUAUGCAUUAUAGGAAGUAUGGGAAGCGGUAAAACUGAAGUAUCUAAAUUUCUUGCCAAAGAACUUGGCUUGAUGCACAUAGAUUUUGUCGAUUUUCUUAAUAAAUACUUGAUUCCUCAACAUUUUAAAAAAAUUGGGUGGAAAUAUGAAAAUAGUUUUACUGAUCCUCUUAUCGAAGAUGAAGAAGUGACAGAAUUUCAGAUGAAUGAAGAAAAUUUAAACUUAUUUUCUGAUCUUUUUUCCAAUGAACAAGACUUACGACGGCUGGUCAGUAAUUAUUUUGAACGUGGGUCACCCUUAUUGUCUUUAUUUAUGCAAACAUUAAUUAAGAAACUUUGGUUUGAAAAUCCGUUUAAUAAUAUUGGAAUCAUAGUCGACGGGUAUCCUAAACUGCCUGCCGACGUAGAAGAUAUGGUAAAUUGUUUUUGCAUACCUGAUGUGAUAAUAGAACUAGAGGGAAGUUCAGAAACUACUUUAAAUAGAGUUGCUCCUAUCAAAUUAAAGAAUUGGAAGUUACAGCUCAGUGAAGCUAAAAAUAAAGCAAAAAUAAAUUUGGAGGCAAAAAAAAGAGAAUGGCAAAACUUUGCUACCGAAUCAAUUGUAAUUAAGCUAAUUAUCGAUGAAAUAUUGGAUACUAUAAUUCUAGACACAGAAUAUCUGCCUGUUAAGAAUUUAUCUUCACAAAUCAGUACUAUAAUGGAUGCUCAUCCCUCAGGAUCAUUUAAUGUUGAUGCAAAUUUAUUUACAACGUAUAAUGAGUUUAUUCGAGAACAUCCAGAACCUGUUGAUAAAAGUCAAUGGGAAAAAGCUGAAGAUGUUCUUGAUAAAAUAAACAAUCGAUUGGAAAGUAUUUAUGAAAUAGAUGACGAAAGUAUUCAGAACUUGAAAGAGAUUGCUGAAGAACAAAAAAUUAAAGUAAUUACUAUAGAUGGUAAAAAAGCUUUAUAUAAUGUUAUUCGAAAAACAUUGUCCAAAUUAUCUAAAUUUAGAAAUAGAUCCGAAUCAUUUUUUGAACAAUCAUUUAGUAUAAAUAUUGAUAUAGCUGAAAUGCUAUUGGUAGAAGGCUUCUUUUUACUAAGCAAGUUUCAUAGAAUGUGUCCAGUGUAUAUGAUGGAAAAUCCUAAUACAAUAUUUAACUCCUAUACCAUAAAUAAACGCAAGAAUAAAAUAUAUCCUAUAAUUCAUCGAGCCUACAUAUACUUUAUUUCAUCUGAAGAAAAUGUAAAGAAAUUUAGGUUAAAUCCUUUAAAAUAUGUUCAAGAUGAUAGCAUUAUUAAUUUUAAAAUAUAUACUUUAAGAAUUGGUGUUAUAGGACCUUCUAAAUCAGGAAAAAGUAAAUUAGCAUCGAAACUCGCCAAAAAGUAUGGAUUAAUUUGUAUAUCGAGAGGAAUGGCUAUACGACAUGUACUGGAACAUAUGUGUUGGACAGUUUUAGGGUUAAAAAUGAUGACAAAACUGCACGCAGGAGAAAUCAUUGAUACAGAACUUAUAAUGAAAGCUGUGCUUACAGUUGCAAUGGAUUAUCGUACAAAUGGUUUUGUAUUAGAUGGCUUUCCUGAAUCACCACAUGAGGUUCGAGAACUAUCUGAUAAUGGACUACUACCUCUUAUAAUAUUUGAUGUCAACUCUGAUAAAGAGAAAGUGUUGAGAAAUUCACAGAAAGAAAUUUAUUACGAUAUACUUCGCUAUAAACCACCUUAUCCUGAAACUUUUAUUGAAUAUAGAUAUAGCAAAUGGCAUGACAAAUGUUCAAGAGUGAGAGAUUACAUUAAUCAAGAUACACAAAAUCUAUAUGUCACUAAUGGUAACAAUUCCAAAUGGCAAUGCUUCGUUGAUGCUUGCAUGAAAGUAGAAGAUAUUAUCCCAAAGAUACGUAAUUAUCUAAUUCAUACUAAAUCUGAUGUUGUACCUGUAGACGUAAUGUGUAUUUCGAAAAAUACAUUCCAGCAAAGAAUGUCGUGUUACAGAAAUCUAUGUCCAGUUUGUUUCCAUAAAAGUACUUUGCGCCACAGUGGUUUCCCACUCUACAAUAAAGGACUUAUUCAAUAUGAAGAUUGCUUUUACUGGAUUUGUGCAGAUCAUUACAACCUUGUGUUACAACAUCCGCAAAUAUUCUUGAGUUCUAAAAACAUAACUAUACCAGAAAUUCCUGCUAUCGUAAAAUCGAUCAACCUUUCACUGUUGUAUGAAAAUGGAAUAUGUAUAGUUACGUAUGCUGAAAAUUUACCGUCACAAAAAAUUGUUAGAGGUGAAAAUCAAUACGCAGCUGCUUAUAAGAAACAGACAUAUUUAUUUUGCAGUACCGAAUGUCUUAAUAAAUUUUUAAUAAAGCCCCAUAUGUAUUAUAAUAUCAAAGUUUUUAAAGACACUAGUUGUUUCCCGGAAAUCAUCUUUAAGAAAUUACCUCAUCUGGGUUAUCUCGAACAAACGGUUGCAAGUAGGGUACCAGUCCCAGACGAGAGGUUUGAUUAUCUCUGCGAGUAUCAUAAGCCAGCCAGUAAAGUUCCUGCAUUUCUGAAUGUAGUAGACAUUGCGGGAUUAGUUCGCGGCGCUGCGGAAGGGCAAGGACUUGGCAAUGCAUUCUUGUCUCAUAUAAAAGCUUGUGAUGCUAUAUUUAAUCUAUGCAGGGCUUUCGACGAUGAAGAUGUCAUUCAUGUAGACGGUGAAGUGGAUCCGAUCAGAGAUUUAGAAACUAUCGGGGAAGAGUUGCGUCUGAAGGAUGAGGAACAGCUCCUGCAAAACAUUGAGAAACUAGACAGGACCGUUAAUCGUGGUGGAGAUAAGAAACUCAAACCGGAAUACGAAGCCCUUGCUAAAAUCAAAACAAUUCUCUCAGAAGAAAAAAAACACAUUCGUUUUGGAGAUUGGAGUGCCGCUGAUAUUGAGGUGCUGAACAAAUAUCUGUUUCUAACUUCUAAACCAGCUUUGUAUCUCGUCAAUUUAUCUGAAAAAGAUUACAUUAGAAAAAAGAACAAAUGGUUACCGAAGUUAAAGGAAUGGAUUGACAAGAACGAUCCUGGAGCCCCUCUUAUACCGUUUUCGGGUGUUUUAGAAAGUAAAUUAAUGGAAAUGGAGCCAGAUGAAAAGCAGAAAUUCCUAAAAGAAAACAACAUUACUAGUGCCCUAGAUAAAAUAAUCGUACAAGGCUAUAAAGCGCUACAACUGGAAUACUUCUUUACUGCUGGUGCAGAUGAAGUCAAAGCUUGGACGAUUCAGAAAGGGACAAAGGCACCCCAAGCCGCCGGAAGGAUCCACACGGAUUUCGAGAAGGGUUUCAUCAUGGCUGAAGUGAUGCAUUACAAAGAUUUUAAAGAAGAGGGCACCGAAGCCGCUUGUAAAGCUGCUGGCAAAUACCGACAACAAGGUCGUAAUUACGUGGUCGAGGAUGGUGACAUUAUAUUCUUCAAGUUCAACGCUGGAGCUGGUCUAAAGGACGCUAAGAAGAAAUGACGCGACAAGAUGCUUCUACUCCUCGUACACAUGUUGUAUCUGAACCUUGCGCUGUAUUCACUUUUACACGUCGCUUGAAUGAUGGACUUUUUUAUAUACAUUAUAAUUUAUUUAUUUUAUAUAUCAUAAACAUAAUUAUAUAAAGCUUUUCAGACACAAGGAAAUCCGCGCGGUUAUUCUGCAAUCGCUCUCUUUUUUGUCAGACUUGUCUGUAGAAAUCACGACAGCUUAGGUGAAUAUAAGUACGUAUUAGGUCAACUGCACUGCAAUCUUUGUGAUUUGCUACUAAAAAAUAUUUAAGUGCCAGCCACUCUAACCGUAGUUUUUUUACACAUAUUAUUCGUAUUGCGGUUAACGCAUUUGUUAUUGCAUUGAAUAGUUUAUCUCCAGUGGAAUUUAUCAAAGCGGUGUUAAAGCAUAUAAUUUCGUGAUUUUCGCAUUUAAUUAAUUAUUGCUUUAGUGUGUAUCAGUGUUAAUACGUUAGUUUUAAAACCGCACGGUUAAUUGGACGCGGUUUCCACUUUGUCUGAACUGGCACUUAGCUUGUUCUUGUUUGUGAAAUGAAUUUUAUUGUAAGAAAUUUGUAAAUUCUUACUGCCUUGUAAUAAUAAUAAACAGUUAUAUAACUUCAACGAA